GAGUGUUUCAGGGGGGGGUUCUUCAGUGUCGGCCUGCCGGAGUACCGGAAGAUCGAGCGUGUGUCCUCGUCUCGCCAGGUUUUUACGUUGGCUUCAGUGAAAGUGGCCAGGCUUAUCGGUGCAGUUUUCUUCGAUCGGUACGAGAACGUGGCUCCUAGAUAUGGAUAACGACGCGUCGUCGCCUACCCUUCGACCAUCUUUCCUCCUCGAUGAACUUCGCUAGACCGUACGCACAUACGAUUUCCAUAACGUUGAUCCGACCGUUGGAACCCGAAGCUAUCGCUUCACCAGGUGGCGCGGAGUUCGUGCUCAGAAGGGGAAGAGAGCCGUUUUAUUUAAACAAUUACAGGUGUCCUCUCACCCAUCAUCGAGGAACCUUCAGUUUCAUUGAAUCUUCGUCAAUUUGUAAAACUUACCGUGGGUUUCUCUAGUGAAUCGAGAUAAGGGUGCAGUUCCGCGCGGCUGAGGUUUCAAGGAUUUCAUAGAGCCUCCCAAUGCUAUUUCGAGGAAAAUAAAUUGAUUAAAGUCCACAGAGGUUCUCGUGGAUGAUGUCGAGCCAGACGCGACAAAUCAAACGUACAUCGCAAUUCCGGUGGGGUCGCCGGAAGUAGCUGAGCGUGACGGCGGCAAUUCUAACGGAAAAACGUGGGAACUCGUAACUGUGGCUCUUCUAUAGUGCAUCAUUAACGAAUGCGCUUAAAACCAGCCGGUGGAUUAUCGUGUUGUGUCUUCGACAACGAAAACGUACGAUUUCUACACCGAGUACACAUCUUAAUAUCUCCUCGAUAUAUCCUCAUUCGAAAGCUGAUCCAUGAUAAACAGAGACAAGUCGUAAAAUCUUUUCUUUUCAGAGAAACCAAGAGUCUUAUUUACCCCAAAUAAAAAGGAAAGCAUGAAGCUUUCCGUCUAAACGUGGCAAAAUACGAAAUCCUCCUUUGAACAACCUGUCGAAGUGUUUUCGCGCGAAACUGUUGCGUUCGAUCCUUCGCGGAUGGCGCUCGGCUCCUGAAGAAGGAUCUUUCUCAAAGAAUCCCUGGCGAUGAAAUAAAGGAUACCCCAUCGAAGCGACUCGCGGAACACCUGAAGUCUUGUCGUUAGAAGAAAGAAACGCGCGAAAGGGACGAAACGAGCUCCGAAUCGGUAGUGCAGGCGCCAUCGAAAGCGACACUCGAAGAGUCCCUCGUGGUUACAGCUGCGCUUGGCCCCGUGGAGGAGGCUCGGCUGUUCCGAGCGAAUCCAAGAUAGGAUUCGUCAUCGAUUAAAAAUAACGAACCCGACGCAGACACAUCGACGUGCAUCAUCGGUGAAGAAGCGACGGCACGACGGCGGUGGCGGCGGCGGCUGUGGCUGCGGCGAGCGAAUCGCGUGCGAGCUGAUAGGACACGCUCCCCACUGUCGGCAGUAAGGUAGGCCACUGGUCGGCUGGUGCAAAGACGAACGCGAAACUGAAAGAGAAUAGCUGGGAUCCCACUCUAGGUAGAGUCCAUGACGUCAACCUCUGGGGCAAGUCGAACGACCAGUUUGAACUGCUUGCUCGUGACAAGAAGGGAGGAGGAAAAGGAGGAGGUUGAGGAAGAAGAGGAAGAAGAGAAGAAGAAGAGUCAGCAGUGUGAUCUCUUCGCCCGUUCGUCGAUCCGAUGCGUGUAUAUUUUUUACCGGUCGCCUUUAGUGAACGCUCCACUGCUCUGUUAAAACUAUUUAUUACUUACCUUGUUGAAAUAAUUUGAUAAAUCAAUGGGAAUAAUGAUCGAAGGAUGAGAAGAUGAUCUAAAGAGAACUGAGAAGCAGGGAGGACACAGUGCUAGGUAGCGUGAAUGGGUCGGCGCACCUGGUGUCGGUGAUAAGCUGACGCGCACGGAGCUUGAGUCAGCUAGCGAAGCGCGUGGAAGCUCGCGAUGGGACUCGGUGGUUCGGUGACGGCACCUUGGUCGAUCGGGAAGCCCCCACAGUUAUCCGCGUUCUCAGUGUUGCGCUUUUGCUCGAGCACCGCGGUAUUACGGUGGGACGACGUGUGUUCCGCGUAACGAAUAAUUAAAAAACGUAUCCAUUAAAUGCUAAAUAAAAUCGACAAGAUAUCGAUAAGAAGUAAAAUCAUUAAUAGUGCGUACUGAUGUUUGUUGGUAUACAAAGUAUCACAAUGGUCGUCGGGUAGUGUCGAUAUAAAGUUUUUCCGGAAAGGUGGCCAAUAAGAGAAAAGCCGAAUAGAAGAAGUAGAUCGCAGAAAGUUUAUGUGGACACGUUCAAUGAUACCGUCGCCGUGUAUGGUGCACCAAGGGGAACAACCAAAGGCUCACUGUUUGGAUACUUGACGCGGUCGCUACUGCGCGUCGUGAAAACAUCGUUUUCAUUGGAGAGAAAUGGGAAACCACCCGUCCGCCCACCAGCCGCUCGAAAGAGCCACCAGUCAUGCUGGAAAUGGUCUUCGGCUCUCGAAGCGAGAGAGAUCGCCUGGGAAAAGAAUGGAUCGACUUCGGCGGAGUUUUCGAGACAGUUUUCGACGACGGAAAGACCCCCAUGUACCGGAAUCGAGUAAACCCCACCAGUGGCAAGCAGACGAAACGGCUGUUCGUUCGGCUACCUGCGCCUUCCAUGUUAAGUACCUGGGAUGUGUCGAAGUGUUCGAAUCAAGGGGUAUGCAAGUGUGCGAGGAAGCUUUAAAAGUACUUAGAAAUUCGAGACGACGACCGGUUCGAGCAGUGCUACACGUGUCCGGGGAUGGUUUAAGAGUUGUCGAGGACGAAACGAAAGGACUGAUCGUCGAUCAGACAAUAGAGAAAGUUUCGUUUUGUGCUCCAGAUCGGAAUCACGAGAAGGGAUUCAGUUAUAUUUGUCGGGAUGGCACGACCAGGCGGUGGAUGUGUCACGGUUUCUUGGCGUUGAAAGAGUCGGGAGAACGUUUGAGUCAUGCGGUAGGCUGCGCCUUCGCCGCUUGCCUCGAACGAAAGCAGAGAAGGGACAAGGAAUGCGGUGUCACGAUUACGUUUGAUUCUAAAACCUUAACCUUCACAAGGAGCGGAAGUUUCAGGCAAUCGAGUGUUACCGAACGACUGCAGGAUUCACGUGAAAGGGCCGUUGAUGUACCCCCGGUGAAGCAAGUCUACAACCCCUUCGCUAUCGAGAGACCACACGCUACUCCCUCGAUGCUCGAACGGCAAGGUUCCUUCCGCGGUUUCACGCAACUGAAUCAAGCAUCUCCGUUCAAAAGACAACUCAGUUUGCGGGUGAAUGAUCUUCCUAGUAAUCUUGAACGCACACGUAGCCACAGCCUUGAACCGACGGAUCUGUCGCGAUUGCCGUCCGCCAUGUCCCACUUCAUACCGGUGAAGCCGCCAGAAUUCGAAGGAUAUGACGAAGUUAGCCCGAUACCUGAGAUAUCACCAAGUGGCCAGGACAGUGUUUCAGCAAUGUGUCAGCAGAUUUCACGAGGUCUUUCUCUUUUGACGAACAACGAUGACUUCGGUCCGCUGCCUGCUCAGAGCAGUACAAGCUCCGUUGCUAAACAGCUUUUCAUCAGCACCACCAGCAGUAAUUCUCCGCCAGUGACUAGCAGUAGCUCCCUGGACGAGAUGAAGUUACAGAACGGACCAAGUUUGAACAACAACAAUAACAACAACAAUAACGACAAGAACGAGGAUCUCAGUAAUUUGAACCACGUCGGGACCACUUGGCAGGAAUCUCCGUCGCCAGUUCUGUCUUCGAAUCAUCGGCUGACACCGAUCCUGAACAAAACUUCCAACAUAAGUCCCAUUCUUCCAAGAACGAGCACAGCAACGCCGAUCGUGAUGAGCACGCCGGCGCCAGCUAGCAGUGUUGGUGUGUUUGGUACUCCGCCAUCGGCGAGUCCAGCUUUCAGCACAGCGUCCACAUCCUCUUUAGGGAACGCAUCCACGCCCGCCGUGAACAGGUCACCGAUUCCGAAGACAACGUCCCCGACCACCAGCGUCAAUUCAGCUUCUCCGGCUCCCUCCGGCAGCCAGGCCACCGAUGUUAGUCAGAUUAGUCAAAUUCCAACGGCAAACACGAUUUCUACGACGGCGGUUCAACCAGUCUCAGCGACAGCUGCAUUACCGAAACCGGAACAAUGGCUAGGCAGUAUAACCGGCUCGGUGCCUCCGUCAGCGCGAUCUCCCUCGCAGAUCGGUCAGACGAGUCCCCGACGAGCGCCGCCGCUGCACGCGAGAGCGCUGUCUCUAGGAUCAGCCGCGAUGAGCCAAGCAUCCAGAACAGGGCCAUCUGACCCCUUCGACGCGGAAUGGGCGGAGAUCGCGGCGAGGAACCUGCGGCAGUCGAGCACCACGAACCCGUUCAUAAUGCCGAACGCAACGCAGGCGUUUCAGGUGCAAUUGUAGCGCCAGGAGUUAAUUAACAGCGUGGCAAAGUACUUCCAUUCGAGCACAUAGUAACGGAUCAAGUCUGUUCGCGCGUUAGUCCCUCGCGCGACUAGGAAUAUUCACGCGCGAGUCACUUAAACGGGACUAAGACGAUCCCCUCGAGGAUCAUGAUCGAGUGAUACGAUUGAUCAUUGAGUCGGGAGAAAAAAGGGGAAAGACGACAUCGAUCUCGAUGAGACGUUUAGUAGCAAAUGGGAAUGACGAACCAGCACAAAAGUAAAUUAGAAGAAACAACACGUACCCGUAACGUUCUUUAGACGAAGUAGUUCACGCACACACAGCCUCGAUGACCUUAGUUUCAAUGUAAAACACGAGUCGAUAUCGGGGUAACAGUAAGAGGAGGGACCAUUCCUCGUUUGGUCGCCGUUCCGCAACGGUGACGCCCGUUGGGGAUCGGCAAACGAUUGUCGUCAGUUCUGGAUCAAUAAUUACCUAAAUGUCUGUCACGAAAUACUUAUAAAAACGAGAUGCCACGCGGUUCAAUCUCGGAUAGUUUAGGCUCCCAAAACGAUUAACCCCGAUGUUCUCUGCAUGAAGAAGCAAAAUUUUAAAAAAAUGAAACACACACGCACCCAGAAUUAUUCAAAGCACAGUGUUUUCGUCGAUAAUGAAAAUGGAAGAAAAAAAAGGAAGUAAUAUAUGAAAAAGAAAAAUAUGUAUAAACAACUAUGAGAUGUAAGUAGCUUAGUUUCUCGGCUUCGUGGUGAAAAGAUAUUUUCUUUUUCGAGAGGCGGUAACAGCCGCGCGACGAGGGAGGGGCGCGUGAAUGAACCAUUCUGUCGAUCGUGUAUUAGGAAUUGAUAACGGGUGGGAGGAGAUGUAGCUAGAAAUAUUUCGAUAGACAACUUUAGUAGGGUCGAUGAGCUCGUUGACAUAGGUCGUGAAGGACUGUGAUAGACAUCGAGUCGUGGGCCAGUACUUAAAAAAAACGAGGCAGUGGAAUCGAGCGGCUGUUGUGGAUUUGCUCCAUAAGGUGACCACGCCUAGAACAAGGACCCAGGCGCCAUCUUGGUGGGGGUUUCUUUCGUUUCCUAGCCGACAGAAUACGCAAAACUACAUCUAGUUACUUAAGCAGAUUAGAUUAUUAAAAAGAAGUUGUUAGAGUCAGUACGUUCCAAGCUAUUGUUGUCUACAUAUCAAAUUGCGGACCGCCUUUAUCGCUGGGUCACGAUCGACGCGCAAGCUGACGUUUCAUUCGACGGAUUUAAUACCCGCGCAACUGGUGCACGAGGAAAAGAAAAACGAAAAAAAGGUACUUCCCCUGCGGAUUAGACAAUUAUUCACGAGAAGUAUUUCGCGAAACUUGAACCAGGGCAAACCAUGUACGAAAUUGCGUUCUUGCGUGUAUUUGCUCGAGGGAAUAUAAUGAGGUUUCGAAGUGAAAAAUAUCUUUAUCACUUCAUUUAGUUAAAAAUUUAAAUAACAUCCAAGAACUUUAAUUUAUCUUUGAUUUAUCCUUUGGACACUGUUCGAUUCGAAAUCGAGCUGUAGACCUUAAACAGAACAUUUCAAUACUAUCUUUUUUCAGUAUUAAGGCGAAGGAUGAAGGUACUACUUGCAGCUUUGUUCCCGUACAUUUCUGAAACUUGAAACUGGAAUUAGAAAGUUCCUCGCCUAUACGUAUCAAAUAAAUUGAAUUAAACACGUUACCAACACUUUCUCACGAGUAAAAAUUCGUGUACCCUGUCUUCAAUUUUAUCAUCAUCUUCAGCUUGCCUGUAGUGCCUCACUAUAUUCCUUCCAUCAAGUACAAACUGUGUUACUGAUUGUUAUAGCGUAUAUCACUUGUUAAAAUCCCCUAGGAAUGAGAGUGGUUCGAGUCACCCUUGUGUUUUCGAGGGAUCAGGAUCUCUUGGCCUGAGGCAUUCGAUGCGGUUUAAAGUUUCCUCAAGGUCCUCCGACUCGCCGCUUUCAUUCACAGGGACUCGAGGGCGCUUCCGCGCGUCCUGCGUAGCACUGAAUUAGGGAUUGACACUGUAUCGCAAAAGCUUCUUCCAUUCAGUUAGCGUGAACCUUCUCGGUUUCUUAAAACGAAUUGGCGGUUGAGCCCUUACCGUAUGCUUCUUAGUAGCACGGCCGAAGUUUCCUGAAAGAGGGCUGCGGAAAGUUAGUGAAAUAUUAUGGAGUCAGGGUUUCGUUCGGUCAAAACAGGUCCAUUCGUGGAAGUUCGGUGACCUGUAAUAACGAACAGUGUGAAAACUCGUAAAAUAAUUCAUUCUUUAUUCGUUUGUUCGUUCAUACAUGCAUAUUUACAGCAGUUCGUUGUGUUUAAAUCAUUUAACAGGGAUAUCGCGUAACACUUUGAUUGUGUACCAUACAGAAUUUACAAAGUUAAAAUAAUAUAUUUAAUAAAACGAAAGUUUUACAGUUAAGAUUUAUCGUAAUGAAUAUUUUUUUAAUUUUCUGGUGUUUCACAAAUUAUAAAGACAAGAUGUUACUAUGAAAAUUAAUUUCCAAAUGUAGGAAAAAAAUAGAUAACAGCUGCUACAGUCAAAGUGUUAAUAAGGUACUUGUACAAUCACUAUACGGACAGUAACAUAAUAUAUGGGACCUGCUUCAACGAUUAAGUCUAGCGUUAACACAUGACGCAUGUUACCGUUUUGUCGUUAAACUUCGUGGGUGCUAACAGGCUACGUAAUAUCCUAAUCUAAGCUUGCGAACGCCUUAUUAUCGAUCAGUAUCAAUUCUCAAGAUUCCGACUAUUUUUCUCCAGAUAGUCGUGUGAAAUCAGUGAUUUCACGAUGAAGCUAAUUCAGAAGGAACGUCUCGCUGCAUGUGCCUUAGUGUAUACGUAGGUUAAGCUCCGGGGCUAAUAUCGGACAGCAUUAAUUUCCACAAAUAGAAUUUCUUAUUUCCAUACACUAAAUCCAUCGGUGAACCGGGUCCCAUAUGUUUCCAUUCUGUCUAUAUUUUGUUUCAUCGAAAUUCUCGAAGAAAUGUUAAAAUCAUUAUUAGUGUGCGGUAAGGGUUGAUUUCACGAGUGUAAUCGCCAUUAUCGGAGCAGAACAGGUUUCAUCCCGAGAUAUAUACGUAGCAGAGGGGGUACGUGUUCCAUGGUCACUUGGACGACUCGUAUGUGCGUGUGUGUGUGAGUGUGUAUGCAUUGUACAUAACUUAGUUAUUUAAAAACCGUAACCGCAAGGAUCGGGUAGGACGAGCUCGAAGAAAUCGGGGAGAGAAAGCGCGAGAAGAAUAAAAAGAGAGGGAGCGAAUGAGUGAAUGCAUGAUAAUGUAUGCGUGCGAACAAGUCGACGAGCGAGGGAUGAAGAAAUGCUGUUCUUCGUUGCCGACCGUUCUUUCUUUUUCUAUUUUACGUUGUAACCUGUAAGUUAUCUUGUAAAUAGUCCAGUAGGCGUUCUACUCAGC